AUGGAGGCGAGCCAAGGUCGCCCGUCUCGCUCUUGGCACAGCAGACCCAGGCCCCGGCGAGCCUUGAAGUUGGUCACGGCCUCUGGGGUCCUCGCCGCAGGCUCCUGGGCUCUUUCUUUCGUCAAAGCGCCAAGCCGAGGAGCUUUGGAGGACCGAGUACCAUCUUACAGUUCGAGUCAUGUCGCGACACGGCCGACAGCUUGUGAAGAUCCGCGAGCAACCCAGCGAGCCAGCCUCGUAGCCACGCAGGUGAUGCUGGCAGUUGGUCUGGGCAUGAGCAAGUCCCUGGCUCGCUCUGGGCCUCUGGAGGGGCCCAAGCGGACCGCCUCCUCUUCGCGGAAGGCGCUGCCGGAGGUCGACUGGGGCGGUUCGGCGACAGGAUGGCAGAGCAUCCGGCAGAAGUCCAUCUUGGAGGUGGACUGGCUGAACAUCCACGGUGUGCUUACCGUCUCGGCGGUGACGCUCUUCCUGGCUCAGAUCAGUCGAAUCCUGGCACACCAGGCGCCCACGGAGCUUGAGGUGUGGCUCACUGCUUUAGUCUACCUGCCGUGGAUCUACUUUUGCUUCAGGGACACGGAGCAGCUGGAGAAUCAUUACGCUGUGACCUUCUAUGCCUCUUGUGGCUGGGCCGUGAUGUCCUUGGCAUCGUUAUUUUCCGUGUUCUACCAGGACAAGUUCCCCGAGCUUGCCUUCGACAUUCUGGCCUUCGGGAACAUCGUUUUCGCUGGGGCUUGCCUCUACUUCUACAGCUACCACUGGACUCGCAUGUGGCGGCACUUUACACAAAAGCGAUUCCGGCCGCUCUGGAUACCCGGUCUGCUUGGGCUGAUGCUUCUGCAUUCGCUGACCCCACUGGACAUGUUCAAGCGUUUGGACGAUCCAGGUUGGUGGAAAACCGUCUGCUCCGUCUACAACGAUGAGUGGUGGUGGGUCGCUGAUGUUCGCAUCAUUGAGCUGUUCGUCACAGCAGCCGCCCUGCUCCUCAUCAUCCUACAUAUCCAGGGCGUCUUCACCGGCAUGAAGAACGCUGCAGUCGUUGUCAUCGGAACCAUCUUCGCACCUCUUGGACUGAUGGUCUUGGAGUCCACUUGGAUCAGGGCAUCCUCGUGGCAGCACUACCUCAUGGUCGGCCCUAAGUACUGGUAA